AUGUCCUUCUCAGAAUCAGCUUCUCCGACCUUGACGGUGACGGUAGAGGACAUCGCCGCCUGGAGCGAUGAGCGUCUCGGCCGGUUCAUGGACGAUCACCGCGGUCCCGACGGUGAAUUCUGUCUUCCCGUCGACGACUGGACCAAACUGUCACAGAAGGAGCGGCAGCGCCUGGCCGAAAGACUCCGCGCCCAACAAGAAAAGCUGGCCCAGUCUGCCGCUUCCCGCCCACUCGACCUCGACAGACUCGAUGCGCUUUUGCGUCAGAUACCAGACGGCCCCGACACGGCACGGCGAGCUCAGUCGCCAAUUUCGGGAAUAGAAACCCCUUUUAUUGAUUUUGAAAAACAUGAGAUGGAAGACGAGAUGGAGGCAUACCAAAACCUGGUCAAUGAUGGCGGCCGCCCACUGUACCCCAUCGACCUCUUGGAGCAGGUGUCGACAGACGUGCACCUCUUUUCCGACAUGCUUCAGCCCUGGCUCUACCCUGAUCUGGACACUCUGGAGUGGCAGGUUUUCGGGAGACAGUGGGCGAGGUGGGAGCAGUUUCGCAAAUGGCAAAACGACCAUAGAGGGCUUGAAGACGACGACGGCGGCUUCCCAGCCUUUGUCGAGCGGCUGAAGCGCCUUUUCGGGAGAUCGGGAAACGAUACGAAGGUAGCCGAGCUUGAGGCCAACCCAUCAUGCGUGACAUCGAACUGGGAGUGGUGGCAAGGUGAACGAGAGAAGCUUCGGAAUCGCAAUCGAGAGCCCGGAUGCAACAGCUUCUUCGACUACGCCGACGCCAUGAGGAGGCGCCUGGCGCGACACGGAUUCACUGGACCAUUUGACCUGAAGGAGACGCCCAAACAUCAAGACAGUCUGACGACCUGGACCGAGUACCUCUACUUCGAGUACUGGUCGCUCGACUGGUAUGACGACAGAAUAAAGCAGGACCAACCACUCCACGACAAAGCCUGGCAAGAGCUGCUGGAUUCUCAGGUGCUGGAACCCGGCGAUACCCCUGAAAUCCUAUGGAGCUCUGAACACGACGACGGGCAAGAUCGUUGGCAGGAGGCGGUUUUUGCAGCCAAGAACGCCGCGGCAGCAGAGGUGGAAAGGGUCCACACGCUGACCCAGGUUGACCCGGAUCGCCACAACAUGCCCGAGUCAGACCGUUCACGGAUGAUGCGAGAGGCAACGGAAAAUUUAGCGGCGGCCGAGAAAGAGAGCGAGCGCUGCAGGGAACGGGGGGAUCAAAUGCACAAAUACGCCCGCCAAGUGCGGCACUUCCGCCUUAACCGAAGGGACAUGGCCUACCAUGAAAUCCUUGUGGAAUGGGUUCGGCAGCAAGUCCUUCUGGUAGCGGCCGAAUCGACGCAAGCCAAGUCCACCACAGGAGGGGCCAAGAAGAGGGAGCUCGCCUCUGUCCAAGAGGAGCAGCGUUCCAAAAAGCGGAAGCCAAACGGCGGAGAACGUGGCGCGACCUCACCGACCAAGUCGAGACGCCGUCGCAGCCAAGACGAUUCGCCAGUGGCCUCGUCGAGGCCCCCUCCGUCUGCCAGGGGCUCCCUUUCGGAGGGUGCAAGCCCAUCUCUUGAUGAAGCGCCGGUGGCUGAGGAUGCUGCAGGAUCCCCGGACGGCAAUGCCAAACACUCCUUUUCGAAGCGAGAAUCCCGCCCGAGUCCUGAGGCAAUCCGCUCCCCUCGGGCUGCCUCUACGUCCCUCCGACAGAGCAGCCGCCUGCAGGAGGCCCAGAGUGAAAGCGCCCUGCCUCCUGCUGGCACCUGUCCUGAGGCGUCCACCUCGAGGCCGACCAGGGCCAGCGACGGCGGAUCGGCGUCUGCGGCUCCAGCGAAAGAUGGAGGAGUGGCCGAAGAUGGUUCUCCAAAGACAGGCGGCAAGGCGAAAUAG